AUUUUAUGCAUAUAUGUUAUUCUGUUUCAAACAUGAAAAGUGGAGCUGCAUUGAUUUAUUUUCUUGGUGAAAUUUCAUUGAUUUGGAAAAUAGCAGAGGCUUAUGAAAAUCUUGCUUUAAGGAAACCAACAUGGCAGCAGCAUUGGUAUACAUACAAAUAUUCAUAUCCACCGGAUAAAGCCGUGGAUGGGGAGUUUUCAAACCGGUCUCCAUAUGGAGGACAAUGUACAGUAUCUGGCAAUAAUAAAAGAACUGCAACCUGGCGGGUGGAUCUAGGAACAGUUCUCAACAUACAUCAUAUUACUAUUUACUACAGGACGGAUAACCUUCCAUGGGGCCCUGACAAUGGAUACCCAAGCCGAUUCCUUGGAUUUUCGCUUUUUAUAUCGAACACCACCAACAAAGAUGACGGCUAUCUAUGUUUUAAAGACACAAACUACACAAGGGAAACGAUACCGAGUAAUAUAACAAUAGAAUGUGUAAAACAUGGACGGUAUGUCAUCUACUACAAUGAGAGACUCCCAGGAGUUACCUACCCUGAAGGAUAUUCUCCAUACGCGUACAAUGAACUCUGUGAAGUCCAGGUUUAUGGGUGCCCUUCCUUUGAUAUUUACGGAGAGAAUUGCACAUUUCCGUGUCCGCAAACUUGUCGUGAAGAACGCUGUAACAUUGUGGAUGGGACUUGUUUUGGAUGUAUUGCUGGACAGAAAGGCUCACGAUGUGAACAAUGUACGGACAUACAAGCCAUUCCUGAAAAAAUGGUUUUGUUUUGUGACGGUGGUAAAUUCGGACUUAACUGUGCUCAAUCAUGUGGAUUUUGCUUUGGAAAUGAACAAUGUCAUCCCAUUAACGGGUCAUGCUUGAAUGGCUGCGAUAAGGGUUACCAUAAAGACAGAUGUAAAAAAGAGAAUCUUGCUUUAUAUAAAUCAACAUGGCAAGAUAAUUCCUAUAGCGCCUAUUACUGGCGAAUCAGGUCUUUUAAUGCAGUGGACGGAGAGUUUUCGGACAGGUCUCUUAAUGGAGGGCAAUGUGUAAUAUCGGGAAGGCAAAAACAAACUGCUACCUGGUGGGUGAAUCUAUCUCGAAUUGUCAGCAUUCACCAUGUAACAAUCUACUACAGGACGGAAAAUUUGCCGUGGGGCAAAUCCAAUGGCUACACUUCCCGCUUCCUUGGUUUUUCUGUUUACAUAUCAAACACAACCAACAAAGAUGAAGGUUUCCUGUGUUUUAAAGACACACACUACACCAUUGAAACAAUUCCAGAUAACAUUACAAUAGAAUGCAUAAGGCAUGGACGGUAUGUCAUCUACUAUAAUGAAAGACUCCCAGGAGUUACCUACCCUGAAGGAUAUUCUACAUACGCAUUUAAUGAACUCUGUGAACUUGAGGUUUACGGAUGUAGUAAAUCUGGUGAAUAUGGAGAAAACUGCACUCUACCAUGUCCAGGGAAUUGUCAGGAAGGUCAUUGUAACAUUGAAGAUGGGACUUGUCUUGGAUGUGUUGUCGGAUACAAAGGACUGCAUUGUGAGGAAGAAUGUGAUAAUAAUAAAUAUGGCUUUGAGUGUAACCUUACCUGUGGAAACUGUAGCAAAGGAGAACAAUGUAAUCACGUGAACGGAAGUUGUUCAAACGGAUGUGACGAAGGUGUUCAAGGAGAUAUGUGUGUAGAACAAUGCCCUGAAGGAUAUUAUGGGUAUAAUUGUGAGGACACGUGUAGCAUUAACUGUGGAGUCCAUAGUAGAUGUAACAGAGUGACAGGGGAAUGUCAAGAUGGAUGUCAGGCUGGGUGGGAGGGCCUUAAAUGUGACAAACAAUGUGAUGUGGGAAGUUUUGGACAAAACUGUACUCAGUCAUGUGGAAUUCAAAAUUGCUUUAGAAAUGAACAAUGUCAUCACAUAAAUGGGACAUGCUUGAAUGGCUGCAAUAAGGGUUACCAAGGAGACACUUGUACACAAGUGUGUCCAAACAGACGAUAUGGAUACAACUGCGAAGAAACCUGUACAAAUUGUAGCUUUGUCAGGAGAUGUGAUACAAUAGAAGGGAAAUGUAACGUGAUAAAAGAAUCAUUAGAUUCUGAUACAACUGACGGGAACCUUUACUUAGUGUACGGAAUGAUAUCUUCUCUUUGCUUAAGUGUUGUCUUCAAUGUCGUUUUAAUCAUCUGGAGCUGUAGGUGGAAAACGUGCAAAGGAAAGAAUCAACAAGCGAAAAUAACUACACCGAUUCCUAGAAAAUUGAGUACACAGAUCAAAGUUCAAGAACGUGUAGUGCAUGCAUAUGACGACCUAGAUGAAAGAGAAAAAUCAACAAAACCUUCAAAAUUGAAAACACAGAUCAAAGACGAAGCUGAAGAGAGUGCCGUAUAUGAGGACCUGGAUCAAAUUGAAAUAUCCACACAACCUUCAAAAUUGAAAACACAGAUCAAAGACGGAGUUGAAGAUGGUGUAGUAUAUGAAGAACCGGAUCAAACAAGUCAACAAUCCAUUUAUGAGAAUUACAUCUGAAUGAUGUUGCAGUAUUUCAAUAUGAGCAUAUAACAUAUAACUUCAAUGUAAACACUUCCAUACAUGUAACUAUUUGCUAAUGUUAAUUACAAAAAGAAAGAAGGGAGCAUUC